CUGACAAACUCCCGUCAAUAUCAACUGAACUGAGAAAUUAUCCCCGUUUUCCACUUUGGCGAAACAAGGAAUUCCCAAACACAAACAUCAGAAAAAUAGGAAUAAUUAACCAAGCAAUGAAAUCCAUAUGUUUCUCCUUUGCAACCGCAACGGCUACCAUCUCAAAUUCCGAUAACCUCCGUCGGUCGCUAAUUUGUAAACCCCCUUCAAUACUAACCCCUAAUUUUCCAGUCAAAAGAACCCAAAGUUCGCUCAUUAUUCUAAGAUCUCAGUCUUCUUCAGAGCCACGAGAGAACCAGCAAGGACAAGACCCAGAAACCUUAGUUCAAGACCUGAGAGUUCCAGACCACUGGUUACUCCCUUCCAAGGCCAUGGAGGAAUCUGAAUGGCUCAGAAUUACCCUUCAUAAAUGGUUGGAUGAUGAAUACUGCCCGGAGGAAACAAACGUGGAGAUCAGCAAGGUUGCUGCCCGGUCGUACUAUCAAUCUUUGUUAGAGAAACAAACAGACAUCGGUGAGAUCCUUUUGAAGAUGGCUAGAGAACUAGAAUCAAUUUCUUAUCAGGAAAGUUUUCAUGGCGCAUUCUCGUCUGCCAAUGCAGCAAUUAACUUGAUUAUCCAACGAAUAGAUCGGCUGUAGGUUGAGUUGUUGAUCGGGUUGAAGGCCUGAGAGUAAUUACUCAUUAUUUGCUGAUUAAACUUGGUAGUGCUUCGAGUUCGAUUUGUAGUUACACUCUGUCUUUUAACUCUUUUCUAACUCUUUUCUGCGAUUUGUUGUACCUACAAAUCUUCUUUUUAAAUUGGAAAAUCUGCAGAUGGUAGAAUCAUGAGACAAAGUUGCAUUCUCAUUGAAACUUUUGACUUCUUAAUUAUUCCCCUUCUAUAAUAAAUUCCAGGAACAUUACUCAUUAAGGAUAAAAU